CGGCGUGUGACUGCAUGCUAGCGUGUUUAAAAAAUAAACAGUCUGAUUCCAAUUUCAGAUUUGCAUAGGUCUCGUUGGACAUUGAUGUUUGAGUCGCAACGAUACACGCAAUUUUAACGUUAUAAUAUAUUAUAUUAAUACUAACAGCACACCCGUGUGAACGCAAAUUCGUUCAUUCGUAUUUGUAAGACGUAGACAGUAAAAUGAGAUAUGGCGUCCUUUUAACGAAUUGAAUAGGUUCGGUAAAUACAUCUGCGAAUCUACUUAAUCUACUGAGUUAUUAUUGUUAUUCGUUAAUUUAUCCAUUUUUGUUGAAUUGAAUAAUACUUGUGUUGACAUUGGGAAAGUAAAAAAAAUACAUAUAUAUAUAUAUACCGGGUGGAAAUAUUAUUACUAGUUAUUAGAUAUUUUCAAACGUAAAUUCGAAUGAUUAUUAUUACAACGAUAGCUAACUCUCGUUUAUAAGUAGAUUCUACUUAGUAGACCAUACUGUAAAAACCGUCGGGGUCACGAAUUAAUUAUUACUGUGAAAAAAAAAAAUUUAAAAACAUAAUCGAGUCACGCGUGUAGGUAGUUUCAAUAACCUUGACGUAUUUGCAUUGCGUAUAUCAUUGAAUGUUGUGGUUGUCGGCGUACAUCUAACGGGUAUAUUAGUAAGCAUGGUGUGAACAAUAACCGUGUGGAUGUGAUUGAAAAAAAGUUCUCAUUUAAUAAGAUAAGAUAGGCGGCGGAGCGCAAGCCAGGUUUAGUUGUAGUCCUGAAGCGGCGCCACGGUUAGCACAACACUAAUAAUAAUGGCGUCGUCCCCAGCGGUAGUCCGCCUGUUCCUCGUCCUGGUCGUCGCGUGUAUCGUGCACGGCCCCUGUGUCACAAAUGGGCUCCGCGUGCUAGCCAUCGAGUACAUUGCCGGCAAAAGCCACUGGAACUUCAUGAGCUCCGUGCUUCGGGUCUUGACCGACAGCGGACACCACGUUACGGCGUUCACGCCGUUUUUGGACGGCGAACGCGCCAACUACACGGAGGUGGACAUUUCCGGCGACAUACCUAUAAAAUUGGCCUUGAACGCCACGGAGGCGAUAACACAGUUCGCAGGGACGUCGUCGAUGAUAGCCACGAUUGGCACCAUCAGCCGGCAAGCUUGCAAAGCCGUCCACGGCAAGCCACAAAUGGUUGAGAUUCUGGAACGCGGAGGCACCGCUGGUUUUGACGUUGUCAUCGCUGAAAUCGCCGGGUCGGAGUGUGUGUCUUACGUAGCGGCCAUGCUCGGGGUGCCGCUCAUCUACGUAAUCCCCUCACCGAUGAUCACCUACGUAGAACGGACCGUGACCGGGCACGUGUCUAACCCGGCCACCGUGUCUCAUAUGCUGGCUCACCACGCCGUGCCUGGCACGUUUUUCCAGCGGUUCAGCAAUCUGUUGCAGACGGUCUACGUGGGGUUCAUAGUACACCGGGAUGAAAUGUUGGCGGCAAUCUUCGAUCCUCAACCGCACGACUUGGUGAAGCCUCUGAAGUGUUCGCUCGUAUUUAUCAACUCCUAUUACCUUACGGACUUGUCAAGACCCAUGUCGUCAAAUGUCAUACAAGUGGGCGGUUUACAUCUGAAAUCACCCAAAAGCAUACCCCAAGUAAGUGUGGUGAGUCGGGCUAGAAUUGCAAUGCACUUUGUAUUUUUUUCAAAUGUUUGCUGUACAUUGCUCUCGUAAUGAGAAUAAGACAUUUUACUUUGAAUUUUCUUACACUUUUUUUUCAUAUCAUUUUAGGGAUUAUGAGAUACAUUCGGGGUUUUAGAAUUUCAAAGUUUAGAUCCUGAAAAAGUGUCUCCUGCUACACGAACACUGUGUAUUAAUUAUAUUAUUCAAUAUUUCCACUUACAGCCGUGUUAAGCGAUUUGGAUUUAAAUGAAUCAAUUUUUAAACGCAUCCUCUUAAAGUAUUACAUGGGCAUGAUUUAGGGGGUUAAUUCCCCCAAAUUUGAUGUUUUUUUUUAAAUAAUUUUAUUAAAUUCAUAUUACAAUUUCUACAUUUUACCUCCACUAAAUAAUAAAUUCUUCUUUAUUCCUGAUUUUUUUUCACAAAUUACGUUACGAAGUUCUACUUACACUGUUCUUAUUAUAUUUAUUGUUACUUUAAGCAAUGCGUUUAAAAAUAAAACGAAUAACAAGUGACUUAAAAUUAGUGAUAUAGUUAAUUAUAUUUCGAGUUUUAUAUUGAGCUGGGUGUUCUAUAGUUUUAAAAAGGUAUGGCACCCUUGGACAAAUAAUCACAUUGAUAUCCCUCCUCGCUUCUUUAACAUGACCAUGUAUCCAAUACUCUACAACGUAAAUUAUAAAAAUGUAUUUUAUUUAAAUACACCACUAACAUGAUUUUGACUCAGAAUAUUUUAGACUUUAUCGAGGAUUCACCAAAUGGGGUGAUUUAUUUCACAUUCGGUUCGGUCAUAUUGAUGUCGACACUACCCGACCAUAUUCAAAAUGCAUUCAUAGAAGUUCUAGCACAAGUCCCACAAAGAGUGUUGUGGAAAUAUGAAGGUGAAAUGAAAAAUUUACCAAAAAAUGUGAUGAUAAGUAAAUGGUUUCCUCAACGUGAUAUACUUUGUAAGUCAAUUAAAAACUUUAAAUAAUUUAUAUGGAUAAGCUGAUAUUAUGUCUAAAUAACAUGUAAUAAUUUAUUUUGUAGUGCAUCCAAAAAUUAAAUUAUUUAUCAGUCAUGGAGGUAUCUCUGGUAUGCAUGAAGCCGCAGAUGCCGGUGUACCAGUUCUUGGGUUUCCUCUAUUUUACGAUCAACAUAGAAAUGUAGAGAAUUUAGUUUAUGCAGGAAUGGCGAUUUCUAUGGAUUUAUUUAGCGUUCAAAAAGACACACUUUUAAAAAAUAUUUUAGAACUCGUCAAUAACGAAAAGUAAGUUAAUUUUGAGAAAAUAGUAAUUUUAAAAAAAUCAAUUAUUACUUAUACAAGGAUGACACAUAAUAGGUACACAUUUUUAUUAUUUUGGAAUUGGACAUUUGAUUUUUAAAAUCGUUUUAUUCUGAUAAGGUUUAAAGAAAAAUGAUACAAUUUAAAAAUUAUUCAAUUUCUGUUGUUUUAUAAAAAACUCCUUUUUGAAUCACGUUCUUUUAAUAUUACACAUAUAAAUUCAUUGGUCCCAGGUAGAAAAGGCUUAAGUCAAUUUUUCACUCAAAUUUUUUUUUUUCGUAGAUUUAAAGCUUGAUUUUUGCUGAUUUUUUUGGUUCAAUUGGCAUAAGUCAGUGACAAAUAUUAUUUAUAUUUUUAAUGAAAUAAAUAGGACGAACGUGGAGUUUUUCCAUUUUAUGUUUGGUAGAAAGGGGCUUAACAUGACUUGUACCUUUUUAUAAUUUUAUUUUACAACUAUAAAAGACUUAAUAUGACUUAUGCCUUUUGUAUCACUUUAUUGGGCAGGUAUAAAAGGCUUAAUAUGACUGAAUAAUUGUGUAGAGUGAUUAUAAUAUCUAUAAACAUAGCAUAAGUCAAGAAUUAAACUGUAUUUCAUUAUUAGUGAAAUCAAAAGUAUUCAUAAUAAAUAAUAAUAAUGAUAUAACUAUCACAAACUGUCUAAAAAUAGUAUAGGUAUUUUCAUAUUAUAGUUUAUUAUGUUUCAGAUAACUUAAUAUUAUUAUGUUUGGAAAAUGUUCAAAGAAUUGAGAAAUGAAUUUAGAACUUCGUUAAAAUUGUCAAAGGAUCUUUAGUUUUAAGAAAAGUUAACGAAGAAUGGUAUAAGUUUCUUUGGCUGAUGUUUCAUUGGUCAGAUAUUCUACUUCUAUGUACUUCUAAAAUCAAAAUGGCGUAACUACAAUUAAUUCCAUAAAUAAUUAUAAAUUCAAGAAUUUUAAGUCAUAAAUGUACUUAUAAUUCGAUUAAUAUACAUAAAUGAUUUCUGUAACAUUCGUGAUUGUAAUACUAAAACACGUAGGCAUUUUUAAACUUUCAACCGGCUGCCUUAAAAAGUUGAUUAAAUUGACAUUGACUACCCGGGCCCUAAAAAUUAAUAUUUGACGUACCUGGAUAUCCAGUUGAAUCACCAAUCGAAAUAAUUAAAAUUGAUUUUGAAAAAAAUUGAGUUAAGUUAAACUUAAUCGGUCUAUCGGUAUUUUUUUUACCUCUUUGUUCAGUAGAACUAUUGAGAAAAUCGUUAAACAGAUAAUAUUUGGAAUGUGUUUACCGUUCCAAAGUAACCAAAGGGUAAUGUUAUAGGCACCGAAAAAAAGCACAUAGCAUAGUAAAACUAGCCAAAAAUCUAAAUUAUAUUUUUUUUUUUAUUAAUAAGUAUAUACAAAUUGCUCACAAUCUGUACUAUUUGUUUAUAUAGAUACAUGAAUAAUGCCAAAAUCGCUUCUGAAAGAUUUAAAGACCGGCCGAUGUCAUCAAAACAAACGGUUAUUUAUUGGACGGAGUAUGUUGUCCGCCAUAAAGGAGCGCCGCAUUUAAAAUCGCAUGCCUUUAAUCUAACGUGGUAUCAAUAUUUUUUGUUAGACGUAAUAGUUACGAUGUUAAUUUUAAUUGCCGUAACCUUGUUUGUCGUUUAUAAAUUCUGUACAUUUAUCGGUCAUUUAUUAGUUUCUAAAAAUGUACAAAAAUUUAAAUCGAAAUCAGAAUAAUUCGAACUGUGAUGGUACGAAUAUUCGGUGGUUUAUUUUUCAAUUAAAAAACUUACAUUAUUUUGUUUUGUUUUAUGUUUAAAACGUCACGAUGCCACUGUCAAAGUGAUUUAUUUUAAUUUAUCAAUUUGUAAUUUUUGAUUGUUAACUUGGCGAUCCUUAUAUAUUGGUUGUACUUGUAGGUGUUUACCUACAAUUUUUAUUUUAAUUACGAGUCACAAUUAAUUAGUGUAUUUAGCGCCAUUUUUAUUAUUUAUUGGAAUAUUGGAUAUUUGUUUUAUUCAUAUUACAGGUAUUUUAUUGUACUACUUAAUAAGCACUUUAACUUUCUGUUUUUGGC